CGAGACUUUAGGCGUUCUCUUCCCCCCUCCGUGUAUCCCUCCGCCGCGGGAGGGGGGGGCCUUCUUCCACUUCCGGGUCCGCCAUUUUGUCUCCCUCCCUCCCGGGCAGAGGGGGGGCAGUUAAAAGCAGGUAACCCCCAGCCACCCCACCCCCUACCCCGGCCCGUGGGAUCCCCACGCUGGCGCCGCCGGGGGCCGCCUCCGCCUCGCAGGGCUUUAUGCACAUUGAACUCAACGGAGCUGUUCACGCGUGGCAAGUUAAGUGUAAAACUGGGGCUUGGAAGACGGUUAAAGGAGCAUUCAAAAUAAAGGCUGCCCUACUAAGAAUCAGCCUUUCAGAAAAUAUUUGUUCCCAUGUAUAAAGAUGUCGUUAGUGGACCUCGGAAAGAGGUUGCUAGAAGCAGCUCGCAAAGGGCAAGAUGAUGAAGUUAGAACGUUAAUGGCAAAUGGUGCUCCUUUCACCACUGACUGGCUCGGGACAUCACCUCUUCAUCUUGCGGCCCAGUAUGGCCAUUAUUCAACAGCAGAAGUGCUGCUUCGAGCAGGUGUUAGCAGAGAUGCUCGAACCAAAGUGGACAGGACACCAUUGCAUAUGGCUGCAGCUGAUGGACAUACACAUAUUGUAGAACUGCUAAUUAGGAAUGGUGCUGAUGUAAAUGCCAAGGACAUGUUGAAGAUGACUGCCUUGCACUGGGCAACAGAACACAACCAUCGCGAUGUUGUAGAGUUGCUUAUAAAGUAUGGAGCUGAUGUUCAUGCUUUCAGCAAGUUCGAUAAAUCAGCCUUUGAUAUAGCCCUGGACAAGAACAAUGCAGAGACUCUGGUAAUGCUGCAGGAGGCAAUGCAGAAUCAGGUGAACAUGAAUCCAGAGAGAUCAAAUCCUGUCACAAAUACAGUGACUGUUGCCUCACCAUUUAUCCUUGCAUCAGGGGAAGUUCUCAAUCUUGCUAGUUUUGUUUCUUCAGCAAACACCAAAACAACCUCAGGUGAUUCCCGUGUAUCUACAGUGCAGUUUUCAAACUCAACAACCUCUGUGCUUGCCACGCUUGCAGCCCUCGCUGAAGCAUCAGCUCCCCUUUCCAAUUCAAACAGAUCUACAGCUAACACAGAGGAAAUAGUGGAAGCAAAUUCUGUAGAUUCUGCAAUACAGCAGGUGGUUGGCAGUGGAGGUCAACGAGUCAUUACGAUAGUAACAGAUGGCGUUCCACUGGGCAGUCUCCAAACAGCCAUUCCUACUAGUGGUAUCAGCCAGCCGUUUAUAGUGACCAUGCAAGAUGGACAGCAAGUUCUAACUGUACCUGCUGGUCAGGUUGCAGAAGAGACUGUUAUUGAAGAAGAAGAUGAUGAUGUAGAAGAGGAAGAACAUCCACCAGCAAAGAAGCAAAAAAUUGACCAAAAUGUAAAUGAUUUGGAAGAAAACAAGGACGAUAACGAAAGGGAAAUGUUACAGCAGCAGUUGCACGAGGCAAACAGAAAGGCGCAAGAAUAUCGAAGCCAGCUAAUGAAGAAAGAACUGGAAGCGGAGCAAUACCGGCUAAAGCUUGAAGCCAUGGCAAGACAGCAGCCCAAUGGUGCUGAGCUUACAGUGGUUGAAGAGGUUGCUGAGGUGGAUGCAGUUGUGGUAUCGUCAGAGGAAAUGGAAGGGUCUGCAGCAACUGUGGUGGAAACGGAGCAGCCUACUGACAUUGCUGUGGAAACCGUAACGGCAUAACCUGUGGGUUACCGACUCCGGUUUUAAAGGACAAACAUUUAUUUUAAAGGAGAUGCUGUUGACAAGCAACAUUGUGAGCUAAGUGGUCUACUGGAAUAUUGAACUGAACUGCUUGUGUGGUUCCGUUCAGAGGGAUAAAAUCUCUCCUGCAGCUCAUAACAUUAAUUUGCUUUGAACACAAAGCCAAAGGUGCUUUUAUAGUUUGAAGUUGAGAGAAAGGUAUUUUAAAAAGUACCCUAAUAAAUUUAGCCAGCAAGUGACCAACAAGCUUAUUUUGUGACAUAGGUCUAUAAUGUGGGAGGGAAAGGGGUGGGUGGGGAAAGAGAAGUACCUCAUUGCCAAAGUAGCUGGUAAUAGCGCUCAGCUGCCCUGAAUUUACUGCACUGAAAACAAAUUUUAUGCAAUGACCUAUUUGCACCCUUGUGUGUAGUUAUCAGAUUGGAAACCAUGAUUUGGAGUCUCACAAACAGUCUGUUUGGGGGUAUAAACUUUUCAUUGAAAAGCUGGCUUUUAUUGGAAAGCAAACCUCGUUGCUGAAAUAAAACACUAUUGACAAUAUCUUCCAAAGCCCUUUGAGAGAAGUUGGAAAAUGGAUUGGUCUUUGUAGAGGAUACGUUUGUUUCAAAAAUGAAUCCAAAAUACAGUACUCCUACAAGAACAAAGCACAGGCUACAUUUGCAUGAGCUCUUUAGCAUUUAAGCAAUUUGAGAUAUCAGGGAAUAUUAAAACUGCCUUUUUUGGGUCUGUUUUUGAAAGCGCUAUCUACAUCUGAACCCUUGACUACCUAAAGGGAUACCAGGUAAAAAUUAGACCCUUCAGUUUUAUGAAACUCGGUCAAGUUUUCUUUUUAGCAUUUUUGUGCUAUUCAAUGGCACCAACUGUUUAUAUAUGCAAAAUAAAAUGUCUGUGAAGUUGUGUUUUAUAAGACAGUCUGGGAGGUUGGUAUGUUUCUGUUUGGAAGUGGGUAGGCAUCUCACAUCUUUACUAAUCAAAAUUGUCCAUUUUAAAUAUACUAAAAAAAAUUUGAAACAAGUGACCUUAAAAUGUUUAUGGGUGUUUUUUCUUUACUAUUUGCUUGCAGACCCAUGCAGAGUAAAGAAGUUGACUAUAUGUGUUGCCUGUUGCAGGCUGGGAGAUUGUAUUUUAAAGUGAGAGACAUGUAUCACAUGCAGAACUGUCUGUCUUUUCUGUUACAGGACCGAAGCAAAAUUAUUGGAAGUGCUAUGAUUAACUGUGGGAACUAUUGUUUACGGUAUGGUAGUCUUAAUUAAUGAUCAUGAGUAAAGCAAUUUAAAUUGAGGAAAAACUUCACAAGAAUGUAGCCUGACCAGUUUGCUGCAGUAUUUAGAAAGUAUUAAAUCACUUCUAGCUUGAAAAACUGAUACCGCUUUCUUGACAAGUUUUGAAAAAUCUGUCUUCCCUUUCCAAGGCAAGUAUCGUUAAAUUCAUGGCUUCAGUUUGCAUAAUGCACUCUCUCCUGCUUAAAUUCUGCUGUUUGUCAGGAUUGGCAGUAUUCAUGGUAGUUGUUCAAUUUCAUGGUUGCAAAGGUUUGUCUUGUAUUGUUCUUAUUUCCAGCAGUGUGUGUCCAGAUAAUGUGGUUUUGUGUUGAUACAGAUACCUCUUUCAUUAUAUUUCUUUUCUAGCAGACAUGCCCAUGUUAGGACAUUUGAGAUGAAUCGUGCAGAGACUUUUUUUAGUCCACAAAGAUUCUAACUUCUGGAGUCGUGAACUGUAAUCCUGGGCAUGGUCAUAGGUGACAAUGAAUUGGCCUCUGUGUAGGGGAGACUGGUUCACAUCAGAAAAGCAUGGCUCAGGUUCCUAGGAUAGCGAUUGCUCAAGAGUGGCUUUGAAUUGAUAGCAAUGACAUUGCAGGUCAUGUCCUGGGAGGAGCCGUGGAGGCCUCUUUGAAUCAGGUUUUGCUCUGUACGGUGCUGUUAGCCUCUCGCAUUAAUGAGCAUGAGAUUGGCAUACAUUUAAAAAAUGUAACUUCAGCCUGUCUUCGCAGCUUGAAUUCUAUUAACUAUCUAUUCUAAAGCAUUUGCAUUCAAACAUUUGAUCCAUUUCCUGUUCAAAAUGAAUUGCCUCUGCUCACUCAAAAAAUGUGAAAGAUUGAAGCACCUCACAUAAAUUAUUUUUGACCAUGCAUUUUGGCCUAACAGUUCUCUAUCUGUAGAUAGUGUACCAAAUUCUACCAUUACAUCCAUGCACCCUCAUUGUCGCCGUUUGGAUUGAAUGGUUGAAAUAGAGCAGAAUUUGGUAUACAUCCACACUGCAGAGUACAUAUGUAAGUUGUAUUUAUUCUGUACAUAUGCUUACAGUGCAAAGCUUCUUUUAGAUAGUGCAGAUAGUACAUUGUGCCUUUAGAAAUGAAGGAAGAAGAACUAUCCAUUGUAAUGAUGGAUUAAUAUAAAUCAAAUAGUUUUAAUUUGGUAGUCUUGUUAGAAAAAGAAUGAUGACUUCUGAACAGAAAUGUUUCCUGAUUAGGAGAAAAGCAUUGUUUAGUUUUAAUUUGAAAGAAAGAAUUGUAGAAGCUAGGUCUCUUCCAACUCUGUUUGGUAAACAGUCCAUAUCCCUAUCAAUACAGGACUACUAUAUUUUCUGAGGUUUUGCUCAGUCUAGUGUUACGUGGCACAAAACUGGGGUAUCUACCAGUUAGGCUUUGGAAUAAUUUCUUGUUGAUUUCAGUGUUGGGAGUUUUUUUUCUCCUUGUCUAGAUGGACUUUUUAGGGAUGGUUUAUUUUGUCUAGCUCCCCAUCUUCCCCCAAAGUAAGUGUUGGUUGCUGGAGUCAUGAAUCAGUAACUAGGGAAGCUUACAUCGUCACUCUGAUCAAAUCUUUGUCUCUGCAGUGGAAGCCAUGAGAGGGACUUUGACUCCUUAGUAGUAGAAGAUAGGCAUGUCAAACUCUUCUAUGUAAAUGUUCCUCUAUUUAGUUCUUGUGGAUAGAAGGUAACAGUGAAGAGGCCCAGACUUUUAGAAUCAAGCAUACAGCUUUGGACAGCAACUUCAGAAUGAGAAACAAAAAGGGCCAAAUUUCUUUGGUAGAGCCAAUCACUGCUAAAAUAUCAUUCUAUGAAUCUUGGUAGUGUCCAGAUUCCUCAAUUGGGAUUGAGGACAUGUUGUAAUAGGGGCUGUACAAACGCACAGAAUGCAAUACCUACCCCAACUAGUGAUCUAAGAAAGGACAAGCCAGGCAAAGGCUGGUCAGCGAUAUAAACCCAGUUAAAAUCCAGUAAAAUGAAUUUAAAUGAAAUGAGGUCCUUCUUGGAAAGUUGCAUUUCACCAAACUUCGAAGCAUCUCCUUGGAGAUGUGAUGGAUGUAACAAUUAAGAAUCAAAAAGCAAGAUUCAGCAAAACAUGCUGUCAGUCCUCUUGCAGCUGGAUUGGGGAUAGGAAAGAAGCUGGUUUAUAAGAUGGAGAGGGGAAGGGGGGGAUGUGAGUCAGUCAUGAACAGUUUGUUGGGAAGAGUUUAAUAACCUGUAAUCUUAUGGACACUUGCUAUUUGCAGAACAUACAGGUAAGAGUAUAAUCUGCGAUACUGCAGAAAGACAUUCUAGUAGCAGUGUCAAUAAUGGAACUCAGCACAAUGUGAAUUCAGUGCCAUCUUGACUCACAUUUAUAUAUCCAUUCGAAGGCAAUAACCUAUGCGGAGGGUGGUUGCACCAUUUGUGUAUAUACCCAAAGUAGGAAGGGUGUCCGAUAUUCGUCUCUUUUAAAGUAGUGGGCCAGAGUCACCCCUACUAUAAGCCCCCUAAAAUCAAUGGAGUUACCAAGGUGAAUUUGGCUGUGUUUUCAUCACUUAUUGUAGUGCAAUUAAAACUUAACAGUCCAUAAAUUUCAGAAAUAUUUCUUGGGGGUUUUUUUUCUUUGUAAUAUUGUGCAAUUUAAAGGUAUGCCCUGGCAGUCCAGUCCAAGCAGAAAUUGUGUAUGUGGUGUGGUUUUUCUUGUUUAAAACAGUUGGCUAAGUUUUAACAGUAUUUUAUUGGUUGUUUUCACUAACCGCUUUAGGAAAGACUUAUGAAACUACUUUCUUUGUAUUGUAAAAUCUACCAUGGGACUUACUGGUUUUAUGUAUCAAAGUGCAUUUAUUUAUAAGCAGUGUAACUAUUUAUAAAAAGACUUUAUAUCUUUUCCAAAAGAUGUUUUGAGGAAGGCUUUAAUAAUGGAUUUUUAAAAUGAAUGAUAGUUUGGAGAAACAGGACUCCUACUUAUUUUACAUUUUCACUAUAUACUUCAAUACUAUAAAACAGAACCAGUGUUUCCUCUGAAUUGGAAAAUACAUUCAUUUCCUUUGCUUUGUUUUCUGUACAUGUUACAAUUGUCUGAGCUGAAAUUCUUUAUUGUACACUGUGUAAUUGCAUCACAAGGCUUAAUCCAGAGAGAAAUUGAUUUAACAAAAUGUUUACAGAUUUAAAGGGACACUGUCAAGUUUAAAUUACAUUUGCCUGAAAAUUGUGCCUACUGUAGUUACUUGCAAGACCUAAGAUUACAAUAACUGAAAAGCUGGCAAAAAGUCUGCAUUUGACAGCACUUUGUGUAUAGUCAUUUUAACUGUUUCCCCUAUGUUGUCUCAAUGUUGCUUAAAAGACCCUUCUACUGGGAAACAGAUCUCUCUCUCUCUCUC